AUAUAAGGAUACUCUACACCAACUUUAAAUCAAAAAAUUAAAUAAAAAAUUACUCAAGAUAAGAAUCACAAUUUGAAGUGUCAAACAUUUCUGGGUCCCAAUCGUGACCUUAAACUCUUGGUUGAAUGAGUUUUUGAUAGGUAGAAUGAAUAGAUUUAAAAUACACUCAUGAGAGGAAAAGAAAAAAAGAGAAGAAAAACAAUUUAAAUUUUAAAGAAUUGAGAUCAAUAAAAAGUAGAUGAACCCAUAAUUUAAAAAGAAACAAAAAAAUCCACAAGGGUGCAUGGAGAAGACCAGAGUGUCGCUGAGGGCAAAAAAGGAAUGAUCUGCAAAUGCCAAACUGAAAUGCUGGGUGGUCUGGCAUUUUCAUUUUUAGCUGUUUAGAUUAAGAAGCCAAUUUCAAAAGCCAUCCACCAAACAAUUUUUUUUGUUCUUUGGCAGGUCCAAGUCAUUAAUGAUAGUCAAACAGCCAAUUCUUGGCGGAUCUGCCAAGUGCCAAACAUGGCCUAUAUUUAGGCUUACACAUUGAGAGAAUUUAAUGAGUCAAAAUAGAAAAUGGACUUUCUCUAAAGUCUCGGGAUACUGCUUAUCUUCGUUCAUCUCCUCCUCUUUUUUUCUCUUUCUGUAAAUGAUGAUGAUGAACGCUUCAAUAAUUGACUCCGGUCUCCAUCAAUGGCUACGCCUUGCUCCCAGCUCGCCUGAAAUCUGACGGGCCUUCACCAGCUGUACAUAUGUACGUAUAAUUGUUGUGUAUAUCUACGUUUUUGUGUGUAUGUUUUAUUAUAUUUUUGUACAUUUUGUGUGUGGAAUCUUCUGCUUCUCGCUUGUUUUUCGUCGGGAAGCUUUGAAUUGAAGGCGGAAGCCGUAUGAUCUGUUAAAUGAAUGAUUCAUGUUAGAAGAGGGGGAAAAAAAUCUCUGUUUGUUGUUUUUGUUGUAAAUUAAUUGAUUGAUAAGAGAAAGGGAGAAAGAGAUGUAUGGCGCAAGAGCUCACACACAGAGCCUUAGGGAUUUGGCGUUGGAAUAUGGGUUGCAGAUCACGACGCUCCGGCCGAGCAUCUACGCGAGGAGGGCGAACCUGACGGUGAAAUUCCAGGAUCUGUACGGGUUCCCGGUGGAGGGAAAUGUGGAUGAUGUGAAUGUGUUGAAUGAGGUGAGGGAGAAGGUGAGGGAGCAAGGGAGGGUGUGGUGGUCAUUGGAGGCCAGCAAGGGUUCCAAUUGGUACCUCCAGACUCAUGUCUCCUCUACUAUCAAGUCAUCCCUAAAGUUCUCUGCUCUUGUCAAUGCCAUCACACUCAAGCGCCUCAUCCGUAAGGGCAUCCCUCCCGUGCUACGCCCCAAGGUCUGGUUUUCCCUUUCUGGCGCCGCCAAGAAGAAGUCCACUGUGCCAGAGAGCUACUAUGAUGAUCUCACCAAGGCUGUCCGGGACAAGGUCACCCCUGCCACCAAGCAGAUUGACCAUGACCUGCCACGUACUUUUCCUGGUCACCAAUGGUUGGACACUCCAGAGGGUCAUGCUGCUCUUAGGCGUGUUCUUGUUGCUUAUUCAUUCCGAGAUUCUGAUGUUGGCUACUGUCAGGGCUUAAAUUAUGUUGGGGCUUUACUAUUGCUUGUGAUGAAAACUGAAGAAGAUGCUUUCUGGAUGCUUGCUGUCCUUCUAGAGAAUGUGCUAGUUAAUGAUUGUUAUACAUAUAACUUAUCUGGGUGUCAUGUUGAACAAAGAGUAUUUAAGGAUUUGCUAAGAAAAAAGUGUCCAAGGAUAGCCUCGCAUUUGGAUGCUUUGGAGUUUGAUGUUUCUCUUGUUUGUACAGAAUGGUUUCUCUGUCUUUUCUCAAAAAGUUUGCCUUCUGAGACAACCUUGCGCGUCUGGGAUGUCCUAUUCUAUGAAGGGGCAAAGGUCCUAUUUCAUGCAGCUUUGGCAAUUUUUAAGAUGAAUGAGGAAGAGUUGAUAUUGGCACAUCAAGUUGGAGAUGUAAUAAAUAUCAUACAGAGGACCACACAUCAUCUUUUUGAUCCCGAUGAUUUAUUAACGGUUGCAUUUGACAAGAUAGGCUCAAUGACAACCACCAGUAUAUCAAAGCACAGGAAAAGGCAGGAGCCGGCGGUGUUGGCAGAGCUGGACCAGAGGUUGAGGCGGCUGCACUCCUUAAAUGGGGAGGAAGAAGAAGGCAAAUAGGAGGCGGCGGCGGUUCUUCUUAAGGAGCAGGCAAAUGUUUAACUGUAAUUUACUACAACAAAGUACAUCUUUUCGAGUAGAGGUAGGGUCUACGUACACACCCCCUUCUCUUAUGGGAUACAAAUGGGUUGUUGUAAAGUAUUUGUACAUCUUUCUUUUUUUUUCUUAGGACAGAUCAUAGAAUUUGGAUUGAGGAUUGGGCGUUUUUGGAAGUGAGGGAAGUUUGCACCUCAAAAUGAUAUCAUUCUCUGGUUUUGUGAGUUUGUUUUGCUGUAAGGGAAUCCUUUUCUCACUUUUUGGUUUUGUAACGUUAUUACUUCCUCCGUCCACAAAUAAAUUUAUCGCUUUGACCGGGCACGCAUAUUUAUGUGAUGAAAAUUGUGUUGACUUUCAUAUUAUACCCCUCAACCCUAUCUAUCCUAUCCGCUGCCACUACCUACCUACUCAACCACACAUUUCUUAUCCUCCAACAAUCUUCCUCAUCUUUUAUGACACUCUCUCACCGACAGAUCCUCACCCCCACUCUCAAAAACCCUAGAUUUGUUUGUUAUCCUCAGUUUCGUAUGGAGUCUGAGGCUUCCCGAACCGGGUACGCUCCCAGUUCAUGAUUCCGACGACAGAGGAUACCGCCGAACCAUUGCAAUCAAAGGCGGUUCCGGGUCGCCUCCCGCCGUCCCCAACCCCGGGACGAUUUCUGCAAGUCAAACUGCACCUAACCGCUGAACCCGUGCGUGGAACCUAGGGAGCAGCCAACACAUCCAGGAGGAAUCACCCUACUUAUGGUAUAUGUAUGUCGUUCGGACAAUCUCUGUUGCAAAAUAGCCUACUUGGUAUAUGUAUGUCGUUCGGACAAUCUCUGUUGCAAAAUAGCCUACUUGGUAAAGUCUCUCCAUUCUCUCCAUUUUCUAACAUUAAUAAUCUAUAUGUUAAGACAAAUCAAACAAGAUCACACAUGACUAUAUUUAGGCUUACACAUUGAGAGAAUUUGAUGAGUCAAAGUGCUUAGAUGAACAAUUUCAAAAGUCAAAAGUGGAUAAAGAGAGUGGAACGAAGGUAGUACUUGGUACUCCGUAGCAUAUACGAAGUAUCUCCUACUAUUUCCCCGCAGUUUGAAUAGGAUAUUGUCAGACACCAA